UUUAAAAGUAGAUUUAAAUAAAUGUUAUAGUGUCAAUUUUGAGGUUAAAUUACAACUGUACAGUCUUUGAAUUUAUAGACUUAAGUCUAAUAUUUGGAGUGUAAACAACAGGAAACAUGUUGUUGACAUCACACAAAGAUCUGAGAAUCCGAGUAUGGAAUUUCACAGUUUCGGAGAAGUUGAGGUUCAAAAAGGUGUGUUCCCUCCCAAAAAGAAGCUCGUUCCUGUUGUUGCCUCGAACCGAAACCACACAGCUUCACAAAGACACCAUCUCCUGCAUGGGUUACUACAACGCCGAUGGCCUCCUCUACACUGCCUCCCACGACAGAACCGUGAAGGCCUGGCGACUCUCCGACCGCAAAUGCGUCAACUCCUUCCUCGCCCACGACGACCACGUCAACUCCCUAACGCUCAACCAAGCUGAUGGCUGCCUCUUCACCGCCUCCUCCGAUGCCACUGUCAAAAUCUGGCGGAGGCUCUACCGGGACAACUCCCACACCCUCACCAUGACGCUCAAGUUCCAAACCUCCCCAGUAAACACUGUCGUUUUGGAUGCCAACGCCGCGCUUCUUUACUCCGGCUGCUCCGACGGGACUGUGAAUUUCUGGGAGAAGGAGAAGCAGUCGUAUAGAUAUAAGCACAUGGGGUUGUUGCAGGGGCAUCGGUUCGCGGUUCUGUGUCUUGCGGUGGCGGAGAAGCUUAAGCUGGUGUUGAGCGGGUCGGAGGACACGACAGUGAGGAUAUGGAGGAAGCAGGAGGGGGGCUAUUGCCAUGAAUGCGUGGUGGUGCUGGAGGGCCAUAGAGGGCCGGUGAGGUGCCUGGCGGCGACCGUGGAAAUGGAAAACAUUGUGUCCAGUUUUUUGGUUUACAGUGGGAGUUUGGACCAGACGUUUAAGGUGUGGAGAGUGAAGGUAGUUUUGGGUUUGGGUGACGACAAAAACAAAAUGUGGUUGGAUUAUGGGGAGGGUGGCGCUCCGCCGGGGGACUCCAUUUACAAUAGCCUUGGGGACCUCUAUCACAUGAGCCCUGUGUUGUCUCCUUCUUGGGUUCAAAAGAAACUUCAAGCUAAUUAUUUUUGAGUUCUAGACUGAGGCUAAUUAAUCUAAUUAAUCCCUUCCUGUUUAAAAUUUGUAAUUUUAGUGUUUGUGUCUAUCUAUAGAUAAUUUUCAAUUUCAGACUGUUUUUAGAAAAUACCUAUCGAGCUUGCUCGUAAUUACUUUCUGAUGUGGUGUAUAUUUUACCAAUCUAUUUAACUAUUGAAUGCAGUAGAGAUAGACCUUGAUUCAUUUAACUAUUGAAUGCAGUAGAAAUAGUCCAUUAAAAAUAUGACAGUUGUCAGUUUGUAGAUAAGUUUUUUUUCCUUAAGUUCAAUGGUAGUUAAGAAUGCAUUGUGGAAAGCUUUGCAAGGCGGGAAGGACACUUUUUUCUGGAAGACAAAAGCACAAGCAAUACCAAACUAUAAAUUGAGUUGCUUCAAGCUCCCUGCGACUUUAUGUAAUGAGAUUAACGGUUUUUAUGCGAAGUUUUGGAGGCGAUCAAAUUAAGAAUCGAGAAAGAUACACUAGCUAGUUGGAAGAAUCUUUGCAUCCAGAAAGAGAGAAGGAGGCAUGGGUUUCAAAGACUUAAAAGAGUGUUUAACCAAGCUAUGCUUGCUAAACAAAGCUGGAGGAUUAUAAAAAACCAAAGUAGUCUGUUGUAGAGGCAAAUAUUUUCAAACGGGCAGUUUCUUGAAGGCAAAGUUGAGAAACAAUCCUUGGAGAGCUAUUUGAAAAGGGAUACAGUGGAGAGUUGGAAAUUGGGUUUUCAAUAUCAAUCAACUCAUAUCCUUAGCUGCCAAGAGAUGGAAGUUAUAAACUUCUUUAUGAUCCACCUACGUUGAAGGAUCAUAAUGUGACCUCCAUUUGAAUACCAGGGGGGUUUGGAACGAGGAGAUGAUUCAGCAUAAGAAGGACAUGAAUGAAGAGGCUAUUUGGGCCGGUAAAAGAGGCGUUUUGGGUAAAAAAUGCUUACCACUUGGGCUUCGUGUCAAAGUUCAAUGAAGAAGCAUCUUCUUCAAAUAAUGAACUUCAAAGCCGCAAAUGGAAAUGUCUGUGGAAGGCUAAAUUUCCACAAAAACAAGAAUCUGCUGCGGGAAUAUUAUGAAUGAUAUUCUUCCUACUAAAUCUAAUUUAUUAAAGAAAGGAAUUCAUUCUAAUAUUUAGUGUGUUUUGUGCAGGAGAGAAGAGGAAUCUAUAAAGCACCUUCUAUGGGAGUCCAAAGUAACCAAACCACUGUGGGAUCUUUCCUGAGUUCUUAUGGAAAUUUUUAAUCCAUUCACAAACUCGUGGACGAAUUGGGACUACUGGAACUGGCUUAUCGAGCAUGCCAAGCAGCAAGAGCUGGAUAGAGCGAUGACCAUGGCGCGGAAAAUUUGGUCCUAGAGAAAUUCGGUGAUUUUUUAGGGGAGAUUCCACACCAACACAGACUCGGAUACAAAAUUGAAACACAGCUAUUUUACGAUCAGAAGCUCAACUCAAAUUUCACUUUAGGGCAAAAUCUUCUUGAACAGAGACAUGAAAGUGUACCUGAAUCUUGGUCUCCUCCACCCCUAAAUUCUUGGAAGCUCAACGCAGAUGCCGCAUGAUUUGAAGAGCAGCAGCGGUCGAAGCUCCAAUUCCAUGGACGAAGAAAUCUCGCGGGUUUGGGACCCUGUUUUGGCAGAAAUCCCUUCGUGGAUUUGUUUGUUAGCAAAUAACGAUUUACCUUCUUAAUGAAUUAUUACCUUCAUUUCAAAAAUAAAAAAUCUGCAUCUUGUUAAUGAUUUAACAUUGUAGAUUUAAUAGAAAAAUA